CCGCGGUCACACUGCAUUGCAUUCAAUUAACAUAAAAUAAGUGGAAAAAUGUGGUCUGACACAAUAUUGAUAGUUUUUAUAUCCGUCUGCACAGCCUUUUUGGGCGAAGAUUUUACCUUAAAAGGGCUCACCUGGGUCUUGGUGUACCGCACCGAAAAAUAUCAAAAGCUGAAGACCGAAGUGGAAAAGCAGAGCAAGAAAUUGGAACGCCGUAAGGAAAUCCAUGGCGACUCACUGGACAAGGCGGUGAAAAAGAAAAUCGAGCGCGAUGAGGAGAAACUCAAGAACAAUAACAGGGACUUGUCGCUGGUGAAGAUGAAGUCGAUGUUUGCUACUGGCUUUGCUUUCACCGCUCUGCUGAGCAUGUUCAAUAGCAUAUUCGAUGGACGUGUUGUUGCCCAACUGCCCUUUACCCCGAUCUCCUGGAUCCAGGGCUUGAGCCAUCGCAAUCUGUCCGGCGAAGACUACACCGACUGCUCGUUCAUCUUCCUCUACAUUUUGUGCACCAUGUCCAUUCGCCAGAACAUACAGAAAAUGUUGGGCUUUGCCCCAUCGCGUGCCGCCAGCAAACAGGGCGGUGGUCUCUUUGGUGCGCCACCAGGACAGUUCAAAUAGUAAAAUGAAACUUUAAUCAUGUACAAUAAAUACAUUGUACUUACAACAGACACUAA